AUGAAUGUGAAUGAGAAGCUGCAACAAAAUGAUGGUGCAGAGAUGGCCAAUGCGCAGCGGUUUAGAAGCCUUGUUGGAGGCUUGAUUUAUCUAACUCAUACCCAUCCCGAUAUUUCGUAUUCUAUUGGUGUGAUUUCUAGAUUUAUGCGACGUCCUUCAAGGGAUCAUUUCGGAAUAGCAAAGCGAGUUAUGCGAUACAUUGCUGGAACUAUAGAAUAUGGUAUUUGGUACUCUAAAGUUUCUGAUUUCAAAUUAUGCGGGUUCACAGACAGUGAUUGGGCGAGCUCUUUAGAUGAUAGGCGAAGUGUUUCAGCGAAUGUUUUCACUUUAGGGUUAGGAGUUAUUACUUGGAGCUCGAAGAAACAAGCAAUUGUUGCCUUAUCAUCUUCAGAAGCAGAAUAUGCUGCAACAACUUCAGCAACAUGUCAGACAAUUUGGUUGCGAAGAAUGCUAACAGAACUCUAA